CCGUUCUUUUCAUAUUUUUUUUUACAAUUCAUACAUUCAACAGCCAUCAUGAAGAUUCAAGGCCGAACAUUUGUCAUCUCCGGAGGUGCUUCCGGCCUUGGCCAGGCAUGCGUUGAAGAUAUAUGCGCCAAUGGCGGCAAUGUGGCCAUUCUCGACAUGAAUGAGGAGAAUGGACAAGAACUAGUCAAGAAAUUGGGUCCAUCGGCCAAAUUCUUCGAAUGCAAUGUGUUGGAAACAGAGAGUGUUACCAAGGCUGUCCAAGGUGCUGCACAAUGGACCAAAGAGACGGGGAAGCCUCUUGGAGGUGUGAUUGCAGCAGCUGGCGUAUCAACUCCUGCGACGAUGCUUGAUCGUAAUGGUGCUGCCUUCAGCCUUGAUGACUUUGACUUUGUUAUCAACGUCAACCUCCGCGGCACAAUCGACCUCGUGCGUCAGACUCUCGAGCACCUUGCAAAGGUAGACCCCGAAGGAUCUGACGGCGAGCGAGGUGUUGUCAUCAUGGUAGCUUCAUCAGCAGCCUUUGAUGGUCAAAAGGGUCAAGUCUCUUAUUCCGCCAGUAAAGGCGCCGUGACAGCCAUGACACUGCCCAUGGCACGAGAUCUUGCUCGAUAUGGCAUCCGAGUCGUGACCAUUGCGCCUAGUCUGUUUGACAGCCGAAUGACAAGCGUGAUGCCCGAGAAAGUCAAGAAGAGUCUCGAGGGCGCGAUGGAGUUUCCCAAGAGAGCUGGUCAGCCUAAGGAGUUUGCGCAAUUGGCGCGGCAGGGCAUUGAGAAUGUCAUGUUGAAUGGUGUUGUUAUUAGGUUGGAUGGUGCUAUGAGAAUGCCCAGCAAAAUCCCGACAUCCUUUGCUCAGAAACACCAGCGUGACACAGUGUCUAUAAUACGACUACUUACACUGCUUACCUCUCCAUUUAACUCAUACACCAACACAGCUGUAUCAGCCAGCAUAACCACCAAACCAUUUGCAGCUCCAACAAUGGCCCCAACCAAAAUAGCAAUUCUGGACGACUACCAAGGGGUCGCUGAUCCCUUCUUCAAGAAACUCGACCCAUCCAAGUAUGAAGUCGUGUCUAUCAAGGAUACGUUGCUGCCUUACAACCACCCAGACAGCUCACAAUCAAACAAGGAUGCUCUAGUUGAGAGAUUCAAGCCCUUCGAUGUUAUCUACACAGGCACGAUGAGGGAGCGCACGCCCUUUCCUCGAGAGUUGAUCGAGCAACUCCCCUCACUCAAGCUUCUCCUCACCACAGCAUUUCGCAACAGAUCCCUGGACCUAGAUACCCUCAAAGAACGAGGGAUCCCAGUUGCCGGAACAGUCGAUAAGCCCCGUAGCGGCAAGCCGGUGCUCGCUGGCACGGGCAGCACCACUCAACACUGCGUCACUCUCAUCCUCUCGCUCGCUCGCGGCAUCGCCAGGGAUGACGCCGCUGUCAAGGAGGGACUGUGGCAAACUGGUCUCGCGACUGACCUCUCAGGAAAAACUUUGGGCGUCCUCGGCCUCGGGAGAUUGGGAAGCGCAGUCGCGAGGAUUCUCAACGUCGCAUUGGGUAUGAAGAUUAUCGCGUGGAGUAGCAACCUCACACAGGAGGCGGCAGAUGAGAAGGCCAGGGAAGCUGGUCUUCCUGUCGAGGAUGGGGAGGGUGAGAAGACGUUCAAAGUGGUAAGCCGAGAUGAGUUCUUCAGAAAUGCCGACGUGGUGUCUGUCCACCUUGUCCUGUCUGAUAGGACACGCGGCAUAGUCAACAAAGAGGACUUGGCAAAGAUGAAGUCGACAGCCUUGUUUGUCAAUACCUCUCGCGGCCCCCUCGUCGUGGAGAGAGAUCUUCUCGAUCAUCUCAAGGCUGGCCGUAUCAGGGGCGCAGCUGUCGAUGUCUUUGAGCCGGAACCUCUCCCCGCCGACAGUGAGUGGCGCAACAAGAACUGGGGCCGCGAUGGAUCAAGUCAAGUUCUGGUCACCCCUCACAUGGGUUAUUGUGAGGAGGACACCAUCAAGUCGUGGUAUGAGCAACAAGUUGAGAACAUCGAGCGAUGGGCUGCCAACGAGCCGUUACACAAUGUGUUCACCUAGGUAUGAUCGGCGAAAGAGAAAAGACAAGGACAAGGCUUCUGGAAGAUGCUUAUGUGCAGGACCGAGUUUCAUCUCAACGGCAGAGGCAAAAGCAAAUCUGAACAAACAAGCACAACUGCAUACAUCCAUGACCUUGACAGUUCAUCGUGAUAGGCUCUAUAGUCGAAACAAUGGGAACGGAUCCUUUGAUAUGCAUGAGACUGCAGUUGGUGAUCGGCGUGUUGGGACGGGCCUACCCGUUGCAUCCCUGAUGAUACGACGGCCCCAGAUUUAUUGAUAUGCGUAUGAAUGUCUGUUUCGUUGAAUUUACACCGAAUUGAAGCCUUGGACCCACGGUGAUAGUCGUGGAUCAAAUGACUUACAUAUAUCUAGACUGUAGAUCAUGGCCCCAUGAGUUCUCUCGUGGAUUGACUCGACGCAUCCUCGUUCCCUCAGGCUGGAAUGCAUGUCCUGAUUCAUAGACUUGCAGAGGUGAUGUGGUUUACGGGUAU